AUGAACUUUCUAAGAAAAUUGUUGGCCACUUCACCAAAAGAAGAGCUUGCAGUCAUCCCUGCUGGUCAACUAUUCCUGGCACGACUUCCGAGUACUCCUAAAGGCGUCCAUGAAUGUAUUUUUAAAGAUGCGGUAAUGUCUAUCCGCCGAACCUCCAACGAUUAUCACUAUCAGCUUGUAGUACAAAGAGUUUAUGAGGAAGGAGAAGAGAGCCUAGCAGAUAAUGACGAAGAUGGAAGUGAAUUAGAUGAGAAUAAAGACGAAUGGGCAUUCCUAGUAGAUGAAGCCUUGCAGAUCAGCUACUUUUCUGAACAGGAUGGCAGAGUCGUUGUUUCAUGGUUGGAUACAAGUGGCGAACCCGGUGAUCGGUUUGAAUUCAUCUGUGAUGCUAAUACCAAACCAAAUGUGUUUGAUCAUUUUGAUCAAACUGCUAAAAUCUGCCAAUAUGAGCGGAAGUACCAAGUUCCAUUUGAAGGGGAUCCAGAGACUGAUUUGACAGAGUUUGAUUUUGAGGUAGAGGCGCCCUCACAGACUGAAGAGCCAGUUCAACUUGCAGGAGAACCACUACAAGAAACCCAGGAUUCAAAACUUGGAUCGUCCACUUUGGAAUCACCAAGUACUCCCACUAGACAGAAGGGACCUGGCUCUUUGGAUAAUACAGGACGACCAUCCACAACUGAGAUUACCGCUAAUACCCAACAGACGUCUGCAAAGCACCUAUCCGCAACUGAGAGUAGUCUAACAACAAAAGGACCACAAACCCCAGCUAAGCAAAAAGAGCCUGAACCUCCCCAGAAGACCGUCAAGCCUCCAAUCGAAGGAACUCUAAUUAGCAGCCACAAAGCUUCGUUCCAUUUAUUCGACCCUGUUACUUCAAGUUUUGUUGAACAAAAUGAAUCUGUUGAUGUACGAAUCGUCGAAAUUGGUAAAUUCGAGUAUUUAAUUGAAGCCCGUUCUGGUGACGACAGCCUUUUAGCAGUUGCUGUCGAUCCCGAUCUCAAUCCCUGCUUCAACUUUGAGCACCUGUCAUUUAUUUUCAAUUACUUCACUGAAUCAAGUGUCUUCUCGUUCUUGUUCAAAUUCGAUGACUUUAAUUUACUCUCGGAGUUUCAGCAAUCUUUUAUGAUUGCAAUGUGGGAGACAAGCAAUAAACAGAAGUGGUCUAGUAUCGGAGAUAAUGAUCACAAGUUCAUGACCGAACAGUUUGAAGAGAUGGCGAUAGACGAGAAAGAAGAUGACGAAGAGGAGGAUUCUGAAACUGAAGAAGAUAGUAGUAAAGGCUUUAGUAAACCAGCGGACUAUGAUGAAGAUGAGGAGUAUGACAAAGAAGAGCGAUUUGAAGCAGAGGGUAAGAAUAGUCAGUUAGCUGUCGGUAUGACCAAUGAUCGUUCUUAUGUCGUGAGGGGUAAUAAAAUCGGUGUUUUCAAACAGACUGCAAAUAAUGACCUUGAGUUUACUACCUCAAUUGAUAACAUCGGUACUUCAAAUGGUAAGUCUUUCUCCCCUAAGAAAGUCAUGCUACAUACCCAGGAUAGAUCAUUAGUUCUACAAGAUCCUGAUUCUUUGUCAAAGUUAUUUCGCAUGGACUUGGAGUAUGGUAAAGUUAUUGAUGAAUGGACUGUGGAUGAAAAUACGUCAGUCAGAAGUUUCGAGCCAUCCAAGAAAUUUUCACAGACAACCGGUGAACAAACAUUCCUGGGUAUCUCCGACAAUGGCCUCUUCCGUAUUGACCCCCGUCUUUCUGGUGACAAACUGGUCCAAAGCGAGCACAAGAAAUAUGCGACUAAGAACAAUAUGUUCAAUGUUCUGACCACUACCGAAGGUGGCCAUAUUGCUGUGGCUACACAAAAGGGUGAUAUUAGACUUUACGAUAGACUAGGUGUCAAUGCCAAGACUCAAUUGCCUGCAUUUGGUGAUGCUAUCAUUGGCAUCGACGCAUCUCCAGAUGGUCGCUGGAUCUUGGCCACUUGUAAAACCUAUCUUCUUCUUAUCGAUGCUGAAAUUAAAGAAGGCAAAUAUGAGGGUACCACUGGUUUUAUGCGUUCUUUUGGUAAAGACUCGAAGCCUAGACCCAAACGUCUACAGAUCAGCCCUCAACAUGUUGCUUUCAUGCAGGGAGAAACGGGAAAACCUCUCAGCUUCACCAAAGCUUACUUUAACACUGGUCAUGAUGCUAAAGUUCAGACUGUGGUAACAAGUUCGGGUCCAUAUGUUAUUACAUGGAGUCUGAAAAAGAUCUGGAGAGGCGACAGAGAACCGUACCUUAUCAAGAGAUACGAAUCCAAUGUUACUGCUGACAAUUUUAAAUUCGGCACUGAUAAGAAUGUCAUUAUUUCUCUCGAAGACGAUGUUGGUAUGGUUAGCCGGAGCACAUUCCGUAAACCCACAAGAGAGUCACUAGCAACUCCUGCCAGGCGAGUGCAGGCCUUGUCCAGGAACAGUAUAGUAAAUAGUCCGUUUUAA